AUGAACUUAUGCGAUGUCUGUCAAACGAUUGAUAUCCGAGACCUCUUGCAAUCUUUCCACAAUUCUGAAGCCUUCUCAGUCGAUGUCUUGAAGAGCCCGGACCCAUAUCUCUCCUCCACUCCACACUUCCAGCCUCACCACACUAGCAUCACCGCACUACAAAAUGCCAGUAAAGCUGGCUGUGAGCUUUGCGAGAUGAUCUGGGCACAUUGCCGAAUACGAUCUUGCGACCAUUCACCGUAUGGCGGGGAUAAAUGCCUGUGUGAGAAAUAUCGAGGACCGCUUCGCUUUGUGAUCUACCAAGGAGUCUACAAUUCUUACGCCCAGUUGGUGGUCGUAGCCAUGUCAGACAAGGAUAGGCGCGGGCACCCGGAUGGAACAUGGAUUGCUGAGUUGGAUAUAUGUAUUGCAAAAGGCGCAGAGAUCCCGGAAGGGGACACACAUCUCCUGGAACGUCUCGCGAGGAAUGAAACACCCUCAGAUCUGCGCUCUGAGGUGUGUCUUUCUCUGGCGGCUGGCUGGCUGGACAAGUGCUCGCGGGAGCACACAGAGUGCGAUGCAGACAAUGAUAAACCAGCCUUGCUUCCUACACGCGUCAUCGAUGUCGGGAACUCGAUGACACCACCUCAUUUACAUGUAAGUGGGGACGGUGAAACAGGGAAAUGGGUGGCACUGAGCUAUUGUGGGGGCGCGGACUCAAGCAUCACUCUCAAUAGCUCAUCUUUUGAGAAUCUCCGCAGCGGACAGCCUCUUUCAGACUUCCCACUGACUCUACGAGAUGCUGUUCUCGUGACUAGAGCACUGGGGGUUCGUUACUUAUGGAUCGACUGUCUAUGUAUCUUUCAAGAUGAUACCAACGAUAUGGCGGCCGAAGCUUCGAGAAGAAGCCGUGUUUAUAGCAAUGCGGUUGUCACGAUUGCCGCUACGACCGCGGAAACAGUGAACGACGGGUUUCUGGACAAACGGGAACCGCAUUUCAACUGUUCUUUCCCUUGGCGUCGACAUGAUCACCUGGAUAGCGUCAAGAACGAUUGCCGCACGUACCCAGUCUUCUUUCGAGGCGAUAGAAGUCCCCUCAACAAGGAACGGCCGAGGGAUUCGCCUUGGGCCACCCGCGGCUGGACACUCCAGGAGGAGCUGCUGUCGAAACGAAUCUUGUAUUACACAAAACAAGAGAUGAUCUGGCAAUGUCAUGCUGGGACAGCUACUGAGCCAGCAGAGGAACCAGAACCCUAUUCCACCCCGUUCUCAAGACUAAAAAAGCUUUCAGCUAGCUCAGGUUAUCCCGAAAAGUCCACAAAAUCUGCUGCAGCUACAUACAAACUUUGGUACGAAUUAUUGGAAGAAUAUGUGAGACGGCAUCUUACGUCCGAGAAUGAUCGUUUGCCGGCCAUCGGGGCAAUAGCUGAGUCUAUCCAAACUCAGUUGAACGAACAGUAUUGCGCAGGAUUGUGGAGGGGCGAUCUCCUCUUUGGCUUACUAUGGAGUCUUCACUGUAGUAGCGGUGGCUCAGGACCGCCUGGUAGAGUUAUUCGACGCGCCCUGCUUCGAUUAUUUGACUUCCAGCCCAAGCAUCCUACACUACCUGCUAGGGAAAUACCAGCUGGUGUUUCCAAGAACCGCGGGCCUUCGUGGAGCUGGGUGGGAGCCGACACCUUUGUCGGUUUAACCUGGCCCCAGCAGAUUGAUACCUUCGACUACCUUGCUAAGGUGGUGCAUGUUGAGGUUCGUGGCAAGAUUCAGGACGACUUCGGCCGCGUAGAAGGCGCGGCACUAACCUUGGACGCACCUCCCCGUGGAGCCCUAUAA